AUGACAGAAUUUGAGAAAGAAGUGAUGAUGUUAGAUAAGUUUAGAAGUGAUUAUAUCAUUCACUUUUAUGGAGCAGUAUUUAUUCCUAAUAAAAUAUGUAUGGUAACAGAAUGUGCAGAAUAUGGAUCACUACAAGAUGUGUUAAUUAAAAAAACAGAGAAUGAAAUACCAAUGAAUCUAAGAAUAAAAUUUAUGAUAGAUGCUGCAAAAGGAAUUGAGUAUCUUCAUUCAAAUGGAAUAUUACAUCGAGAUAUUAAACCAGAUAAUAUUCUUAUUGUAUCACUUGAUAAUGACAUUGAAGUUAAUUGUAAAUUAACAGACUUUGGAGCAUCCAGAAAUAUUAAUAUGAUGAUGACAAAUAUGACAUUUACUAAAGGGAUAGGUUCACCAAAAUAUAUGGCACCUGAAGUACUAAAUCGAGAACAUUAUAAAAUGCCAUCAGACAUAUACUCCUUUGCAGUCACAAUGUUACAAUGUUUUACAUGGGAAGAUCCAUUUCCUAAAACACAAUUCAAAUUUGCUUGGGACAUAGCUGAUUUAGUAGCUAAUGGAAAAAGAACAAACCAAAUUGAAAGAGUAACAAAUCAACAAAUUAAAAACUUGAUUGUUAGAAGUUGGGAACAAGAUACAAGAAAAAGACUUAAUAUUACUGAUAUUUUAAGUAGAUUAAAAACUAUAGACAUUGCAAAUUAA